UAACCUUGCAUUAUAUACCCAUUUAUCAUUGUAGUUAGUAAAGUUGUAGAACUUCAAAUCAUAUUGGUAAGUACACUUCCUUCUUUUGCUAACUAAUUUUUUUUUCUUCUCGUUGGUUUGAACAAUUAGAAGUAUGAAGAACCUUUACUUGAUCAAUAGACUUCCAUACCAUAUAGAUAUAUCAUAUAAUAUAAUCAUCAUGUCGGAAAGAAGAAAUAACAAUAAUAAUAAUAAUCAACAGCAUAAUAAUAAUAAUAAUAAUAAUAAUAAUAAUAAUAAUAAUAAUAAUAAUAAUAAUAAUAGAAGAGGUGGAAGACAUCAAAAUCAAAAUCAAAGUCAAAAACAAGAAGGUCCUAAAAGAGAAGCCAUCUUGGAUUUAAAUAAAUAUAAAGAUCAAAAAAUCAGAGUUAAAUUCAUUGGAGGUAGACAAAUUACAGGAAUAUUAAAAGGGUUCGAUCAAUUAAUGAAUUUAGUAUUGGAACAAGUUGAAGAAAAUUUAAGAGAUGAAGAUGAUGAUACGGUCUUAACUAAUAAAACUAGAUCUUUCAAUGGUAAAGUGGUGGUAAGAUGCACUUCAUUGUUAACUAUUUCUCCAGUCGAUGGUACUGAAAUCAUUGAUAAUCCAUAUGUGAUUGAACAACAAUAAGUCAGAUCUACCCCAUAUCAUUAAAAGAAUUCAUAAUCCUUUGUAUUAUAGUCGUUUUCAACUUGGUAAUUUGAAGAAACACAGAGUCAGUAGUAUAUCUUGUAUAUUUUCUAAAAAUAUAAGUUUAAAACAAAAUAAAUUCUACCCUAGUUAAUCUAACUCAAUUAGAGUAGUUCUACCCGACAGACAUAUUAUAUCUCUAUU